GAACAGUGCUUUGUGAAUAGUUCUUCUAUCAGUCGGGGUUUGCCGUCACCGUCGAUCAGAUCUGUUCUCGCCGAUCAAAUCUAUUUUUUUUCUUUUUCAACACUGUUUCAGUCAGAUCCGAAGGUAUUCAGUUGAUUUUUUUUUUGGAGGUUCUAGGGUUUUUGGAACCUUUAUUUAUUAUUUUUUGGAGUUCUAAAGUUGCUGGGAACAUUGUUUAUUGUUUAUUUGGCAUUAUUGUUCUGCUUUCAAGAUGUCAGAAGAGAAAAAACAGGCUUCCGCUAGUGGCAAGGAUGAGUUGAGUCGUGUAGGGACUCUGGAUAACUCUCCACUAGAUAUUUGUCCCAUCAAACUGGAUGGCACAAAUUAUUUACUUUGGUCUCGUACUUUUACAUUAGCCAUUGAAGCUAAAGGGAUGUCUGAGUUCAUUGAAGGCCCUGUUACUGAGCCUACUACUGAUGUUGAACUCAAGACGUUUAAGUCUCGUCGAUCUUUAGCCAUGACUUGGUUGUUUAAUUCUAUGAAGGCUGAUAUUCGUAGUCCUUUCUUGCUUCUUAACACUCCAUAUCAGAUUUGGACUAUUGCCACACAGACUUAUUCUCAGCAGGGCAAUGAUGCUCAGUGUUUUGAGUUGCGAAAGCGACUUCGUACUAUGGAUCAACACAAUCGAUCUGUUGCUGUUUACUUUGCUGAUCUUAGUGGGGCCUGGCAAGAAUUUGAUUAUUAUCAGGGGUUUCAAGCAGUCUGUUCCGUUGAUGCUGGUGCUUGGUUAAAAAGAAUAGAGAAAGAGCGUGUGUAUGACUUUCUUGCUGGUCUUGAUGUGGAGUAUGAUCCAAUUAGAGUGCAGGUGUUGGGUCGUGUUCCGUUUCCAUCUUUGGGCGAGGCCUAUGCCAUUGUUCAACAGGAGGAGAGCAGAAGGGGUGCUAUGUUACAAGCUCCUACUUCUGAUCGUUCUGCAUUGGUUGCUAUUCCGCAGGGACAGUUUGGGUCUGGCAGUGGAAAGUCUCAGUCUGGUACUACCAGUGGGAUCAUAGACCGUAUGUCACUCCAGUGUGAUUAUUGCCACAACACUGGACAUACCAAGGAUUUCUGUUGAAAGUUACAUGGCCGUCCUUCUCGUGGGCGAGGCAGUGGACGUGGAGGUCGAGGUCGUGGUCCCGGGCGUUCUCAGGCUCAGGCACAUGUUUCAGAGUUUGCUACCUUGUCUGAUUCUGGGUUCAAUACAGGAGUUCAGUCACCUUCUGAUUCUGUUGGCGGUUUCUCUCAGAGGGAGAUGCAAGCUCUCAGGCGUCUUAUGGCUCAGGCUGAUUCUUCCUCUACUAUAGCUCCUACUUCCACAGCAGCUCCUACUGCAUCCUAUUUUGCUCAUUCAGGAACUGGAAACGGGGAAGGUGAUUGGCAGUGGUAAAGCACAUGGUGGUAUCUAUUAUCUGGAGCAUGCACCUCAUCCAUCUCAGCCAUCUUUAUCAUGUGGACAAGCUCUACGGGCAGAUAUGAGUUCCACUCUUUCUUUGUUACAUCGGUGGCACCGUAGAUUGGGUCAUCCCUCUUUUGGGAUAUUAGAGAAACUUUUUCCUACUUUAGUUAAACAUUGUCCUAGGGAUCAGUUUUUUUGUGAAGCCUGUGAGUUUGGAAAACAUAAACGCUCUUUUUAUGCACCUAUUAAUAAACGAAGUGAUUCUCCAUUUAUGG